GAAAAAUCAAAAUUCGAAAAGCCUAUAAAUUAGGGCAGUUUGAAAUCUUCAUCCCCUCAUUUCCUUCUCGUGAAGAUGUCAACUGCAGUUUCGCAACAAAUCUUCCUUUUCCGAACCCAAAUCGAAAACCGUAGAUUCGAUGAAGGAAUUUUUCGAGUUCUCGAGUCUGUUUUAGCUUCGAUCGAUUUAAAAUCGUUGGACAGAGUGGUUUAUACUUUGAAACAGUUUAUGAGACACGAAUCUCUCUGCAUUAUUGAGGAAAUCGCUGGAAAAUCUACAGAGUAUAAGCUUCUGAUCGUCGAUUUUCUAGUACACGUUUUUAAUCUCAUUGGAGAUACUGAGAGUUGCUUGGCCUUGAUAUAUGAGGCACUGCUUAUGAGAGAGCAGAAAGCUAUAAGUGAUCAGAGGCUUCUUGUUUCAUAUAGUGAGUGGCUCACUUUUGCUGAGCAUUCACUUGAAAGUGACUUUUGUUCCAUUGCAAACAAGGCGUGUGAAAAGGCGCUUUUAUGCUUUGAGAUGAACAUCGUAGAUGACCCUGCAAAUGACUUCGUAAUUGAAAAAAUUAAGAAGCUUAAAGAUGUUGCAGUAACCUCAGCUUCUUCAAAAUCUGUUCAGGCGCAGACAGCAGAGUACUUCAAGAACAAAAGUAUUCUGGAGAACUCACAAGGAUCCUACAUUUCUGUGGAAGCUAAAAGUUCAGGAAGCACUCUGUUUAAAGAUGGAAUCAAAAGACGACACAGACGCCAAUUGGAUGAAUACCGACAUUUGAAACUGGAUGGAAUAACUGGAGACGUGCCAAAUACCUUGGUAGGACUUUCUGCCAAUAGCAUUCCUUCCCCUGCCCUCUAAGUAAAAGAGGAACAUAUUUAAUUUCAUCUUUAAUUACAAUUUGGUAGUGCAGGAAUGAUUUUUCUUUGAAGUAUUACUAUUAGGGAGUCACCAAUAUGAUCAAGAGAUCAACUGCCCUUCUUAUGGUUAGUAUCUCGGCAGGUAAUUACUUUGAUUAAUAUAGCACGAUAUCAAUUACCACUACUAGAAAACGAGAUUUUUCCCACCGACAUUCAGUGGGAAAAAACAUGAUUUUCAUACCUCAUUUCCACCGAACAAUCUCACUAGGAAAACGCAUGGUGGAAAACAGGUUCCUAUUGAAAUGCCGGAAAAGUUCCUAAUUUUUCCAUGUGAAAACUCUGCUAUUUAGGUUUUAUCUACCGACAUUCAAUGGGAAAUAGUCACUGAAAAGGAAAAUAGUGAUUUUUUUGUAGUGUACUCCGAUAUGUUUAAAACUUAAAAAGUAAUUUGGUCUUUUAUUCGUAUGCCUGCGAAAAGA